CCUUGCUUAAACCUAUUAUUUAAAUCGCCCCACGCUUCCUUUUUCUUUUUUCUUUUCACUCUCUUUUCCUUUUGACUUAACCUGAGAAAUGGGUCGACUCUACACUAUAUACUCUUCGCCGCUCACACAAGUGUGUCUUCUUGGCUUUGUAUGCUUGUGCUGCCCUGGCAUGUUUAACGCUCUGAGUGGUCUUGGUGCUGGUGGUCUGAUGGCAUCCGACAUCACUCUCACAAACACUGCCAACAGUGUCUUGUACGCGCUGUUUGCUGUUGUUGGCUUUGUCGCCGGCUCCGUCACAAACAAACUCGGUGUUCGGUACACACUUACGAUCGGUAGUGUCGGCUAUGCCGUCUACGCAUCGUCCUUGUGGGUCUAUGAUACCAGACAGGUGUCUGGCUAUGUUAUUGCUGCAGGUGCCAUUCUCGGUUGCUGUGCCGGUUUGCUGUGGUCAGCACAAGGCGCCGUGAUGAUGUCGUACCCUGAGGAAAAGAAUAAGGGCAAGUACGUCGCCACCUUCUGGGCUCUCUUCAAUGUUGGUGGUAUCCUUGGAUCCGUCAUCACCCUCGGCAUGAACCUCGAGAACCGAGGUGGCUCGGUCGCCACUGGCACCUACACCGCCUUUGUUGUCAUAAUGGUUCUGGGCAUCUUUUUGACUUUAACCAUGCUGCCUCCCUCCAAGGUGAUCCGUGCAGACGGCACGCACGUCACUGUUGCCAAGGCUACUCACUGGUCGGAUGAGCUCAAGGGUGCUCUCAAUGUCUGGAAGGAGUGGAGAAUGAUUGCAUUGAUUCCCGCUUUCCUUGCCUCCAAUUGGUUCUACGCCUACCAGUUCCAUGUCAAUGCUGUCUACUUUGAUGCUGUCACCCGUGCUCUGAACAGCACCAUGUACUGGACUUUCCAGAUCAUCGGCUCGCUUCUGGUCGGUCUGUUGCUCGAUUACCAAGGCUUUUCUCGUCGUGCACGUGGCCUCAUCUGCGGCGGUGCAUUGUUCCUCAUCAUGAUGGGUGUCUGGGCUGGUGGUUUUGCUUUCCAAUUGACCUUUGAAAAUGACUAUGAUGAGCCUCAUCACUGGACUUCGCCUGGCUUUGGUGGUCCAUUUGUGUUGUAUCUCAUCUAUGGUAUGACCGAUGCCAUGUAUCAGUCCUACAUGUACUGGCUCAUGGGUGCCAUGUCCAACGACCCCUCGCUUCUCGCUCGCUAUGCUGGUUUUUACAAGGCUGUGCAAUCGGCUGGUGCUGCCUGCGCGUUUGGUAUCGAUACUGGCAGUGUCCGUCUUCGAUGGGCAUGUCUUAUCAGCUGGUUGUUGCUCUUCGUUUCAUUCCCUCUCAUCAUGGUCGUUGCAAACCAGAUCAAGCCUACCAAUAUCACCGAGGACGAUUUGGCCAUCGCAGAACAGCCUUUCGAUGAGUCCGAGAAGGAGCAUCCAUCAGAAAAAGUUUAAUCCAAGACUUUUACGUAGCCCCUUUGUUGGCAAUUUGUACCUCCCAAUAACCUUUAUUACUUUUCAGCAGCAUUUUGAACCUUUGAAGGUUACUCUUUCAUUGGUACUUUUUGUCGUAUAUUAUAAUAUGUAAACUCAGAUUCAUUAAUAUAAGCUCUCUAUGAUUACACAAUUUAGUUCGUUGGUUCUUUUCUCAUCUCUAAUAAAGAACGUCUCUUGUUUCACUUAAACCCUUCAAAACCAUCCGCAGCCACUCGGAUUAACUAAUUUUAUCAAACGAGGUCUGAUUCUAUCUCCCAUUACAGUCCGUAUCCCUUCUUUAAAAUCAUUCAGAUCUUCUUCCCAAUCCACCGUUAAUGAUUGUGUAACUCUUAUGUUCUUUGAAUAAGCCCAAUAAAGUCUUUGUCAUGAGAUAACUUUCUUGUG